GCACAACUUCAACUCCCAUAACAUAACACACACCACGACUUCGACGCCCAGGUAAGAGGAACCUUAUUUUAUUUGUAUCUUGGGUCCGGCUUCUUUCUUCUUUACUUUUUGUGAUACCCUCCCUCGACCACCACCAUGGGUUCCGAGGACCUAAUCGACUUCGAAAUCAUCGAAAACCAAAAGGAGAACAUCCAAUCUCUCCCGAGUGGCCGCUCUGCAAAGGCACUCGCACAGCUUUAUACGCCACCCCUCUCAUCCGCUUCGGGCCAAGCACCAUCGCCGUCGCAAUUGCACGAUUCAAACAGCGCGGCUCGUCAGGAGUUCGAGAAGGAACUGCAGAAUAUCGAUGAGUCGGACGAUCCUUUGGAUGUUUACGAUCGCUACGUAAAGUGGACAUUAGACGCGUACCCUUCUGCGCAAAACACACCACAAUCGCAACUCUGCCCGCUGCUCGAGCGAGCGACAAAAGCCUUCCAAUCAUCGACACAUUACAAGAAUGAUCCCCGCUACCUUAAACUGUGGCUCCACUACAUUCGCCUAUUUUCUGAUGCCCCUCGCGAGGCCUUUGCAUACCUUACACAACACGGUAUCGGCGAUGGGCUUGCACUCUUCUACGAAGAAUUUGCAGCUUGGCUAGAGACCGCGGGACGGUGGACACAGGCGGAGGAGGUCUAUGCAAUGGGAAUCGAGCGCGAGGCGCGCCCAACUGAGAGACUUAUUCGAAAAUAUGGCGAAUUUCAACAUCGAUUCGAAAGCAGACCACAAGGAGCUGCUGAGCCAACGAGUCCCGCGCUUCCCGCAGUUCGACCGGCACUUGCAGCUAAAAUCGAUCCUUUCUCGCAUGCUUCCCCCUUGAGCCUCGAUCCUCAAGCACAACACCGAACGCGGAUGGGAGGUGGCACCGCGAAGCCAGGGAAGCAAAAGUUGGCCAUUUUCUCUGAUGCAGAGCAACCACCGAAACCUGGUUCUAGUGGGAGCUCAAAGGGUUGGGAUAGCAUCGGAUCGUUGGCAGAUCGAAAGAAGGAGAACACCACAGAGGCUCGGCCAUGGGCUGGCGAGACUCUCAAGGUCGGAAAGAAGAACACCGGUGUUCAGAAGAUGAUGAUUUUCAAGGAUGAGAACUUAUCGAGCUCUCCAAAUGAAAAGUCCAAACCACAUCCCUUCCGUGAAUUCCAGCAAACUGUGAACCCUAAAACUGGAAAGCUCGAGGUCAUCUCUAUUGAUCUGACUACGCUCUAUCCUGACCCUGAUGACCUAUCGGUGGAGCUCUGUUUCGAAGAGCUUCGGGCGGAGCACCGAGGGUUGUUAGAUCGUGACUGGAAUGCAAUUCGACGUAGAAAAGAGCAGCAGCGGAGACAAGAAUCUGCAGAGGCCGAAGCAGCAAGGCAGGCAAAGGAAAAGCCAACUCCGCUAGCCCCCAAAGUUUUGGCAGACAAGUCUGCCCAACCUAAAACGGUUCCUCUCAAAGGUAGUAUAGAUGACAAUGCAGAGAAUGAUGAAAACACACCACCAUCUCAAGCUGAACUAGACAAGGCCAAGGCUGCCAGGAGGGCGCGACGAGAGGAGCGCGCCAACAGGACGAGAAAGAUCAAAGUGAUGGAAGUGCGAGAGAUUCGUGGCGAGACUCAGACAAUCCAAACGAAUCUUGAUUCCCCUACUGGCAAGAAGGUCAAACGCAGGAAAGGUGGAAAAGAAGCAACAAUGACUCUACACACCAAGGAGGCAAUGGACGACAUCUACGAGAUCUUCAAUCAGCCAUUGAAAAAUCCAGCGGAAGCUGCAGAAGAAGUUGAGAGCGAAGAAGAUAGCAGUGAAGAUGACGACGAUGACGACGAUGAAGAUGGGUAUACGAGUGCUGGAGACAGUACUGGCACCGGUCACUUAUCGGGCGCCACCAGUGAGUUUGGCGACGACACGACAGCAGCGGAUUUCACACUGCGGACAACAGUCGACGAGGACGAAGAUGAUGAUUCCGACGACGAGAGCCAAGCAGACAUGACUGAUGUGAAAAGUGUUUCGGAAUGGUCUGAAUUCACAGAAAGCAAGCAUGUCCCCAAGGAGCAUCGGCAGGGAGACGAGGACGAGGAUGAUGACGAGGAUAACGACUCUGUCCAGUCUGAAGAGGAUUCUUUUGAUGAGAUUCCUUUACCGGGUGAGGAGAAGGAUGCCAAUUCCGAUAUUGCAACGCCUACGUCUCCUGGUUCGCCUGGAUCGCUGCCUACAAGCUUUGCCCCACCACCCCUAGAAGGCUACGAUAUCCCGACUCGCCCGUAUCGUGACCCUGCACAGGCUGCUAACAACCGCCUACCAUUCAUGACGCCCAUUGUCGAAAAGACGGAAUCAUCGAUCGCCGUAGGAACCGUCCACAAAGAGUACUAUGCCACCAAAACUCCUUCACGGUCAAAAGGAACCCCAGCCAUCCUUGAGGACGGUGAGCCAUGGAGCUCGCCAUUCCACGACUUGGACAAAGACAUCGAGAUUCCAGGCAAAGUCACACAACUCGCCUUGCGAGAGGCGAAGAAGCCAGAGCCAGUAGUGCCGCCCACGCCACUCGACACAAAACCGAAGGGGCCAAUCAUCAAGGACACGCAAUGCAACCCUGUCGAUGAGGCCAUCCGCGAAGUUAUUCUCAGUCAGAUUCAGCCUCCGCUCUUAACUUAUGAAGGAUACUUCGGCGAUGGUAAUUCAAUUUGUGGCAAGGGUGGAGAGAUUCGCAAGUAUACAAAGGCGAUCUCGAAAAUCAGCAAGAAUGCCAAUGACAAGACUGCCACCAACUUAUCAUUGCCACCCGUUCUCAAGCUCGAUGGCUCUGACAGGAUGUACACUAUCAAGCGUGAGCUCGGAAAGGGAGCCUUCGCCCCAGUAUACCUGGCUGAAAGUGAGCCAAUUGAAGAUGACGACGAGGACAAGCCUGUUCAGAUGGGCAAGGGUGAGUUCGGUCUGAAACGCAACUCGCUUGAGGCUAUCAAGAUGGAAGAGCCACCAUCGCCCUGGGAAUUUUACAUCAUGCGACAAGCUAAGAGGAGACUAGGCGUCUCCCGUGCAGCUCACUCGGUUGUGCAUGCUUAUGAGAUGCACAUGUUCAAGGAUGAGUGUUAUCUGGUGGAGGAAUUCCGAGACCAAGGUACCUUGCUCGACCUGGUCAAUAUUGCUCGUGCCGAUAAUGGAGUCAUGGACGAGCAACUGGCCAUGUUCUUCACCAUCGAGUUAUUCAGGACGGUGGAGUCGCUUCAUUCUAAGGGGGUGAUACAUGGAGAUCUCAAAUCCGACAACAUACUAGUACGCUUCAACUCGCUUCCAUCUGACGAAUGGGCUGCACAGUACCACCGCGAUGGAAGGAAUGGUUGGGCAGAGAAGGGCGUGUGUCUGAUCGAUUUCGGCCGUGGCAUCGACAUGAAGGUCUUCAAGCCCGACGUGCAAUUCAUCGCCGACUGGAAGACAACGGAGGCAGACUGCGCGGAGAUGCGAGAACUUCGUCCGUGGACGUACCAGAUCGACUACCAUGGUCUUGCUGGUAUCGUUCACAACCUGCUCUUCGGCAAAUACAUCUCGACUGUGGCGGAACGAGGUGCUGCACUCGGGGCCGGGGCGACCAAGACCUAUCGCAUCCGAGAAAGCCUGAAGAGAUACUGGCAGACGGACAUCUGGAACGAAGUCCUCGACUUACUCCUCAACCCAUUGAUGCACCUUGAACCAGAAGAAGGCCGAAAACUUCCUGUGACAAAGGGUAUGAAGUCUGUGAGGGAGAAGAUGGAGGCGUACUUAGAGGAGAAUUGCGAAAAGGGCGUGGGCCUAAAAGCAUUGGUGAGAAGGAUGGAGGAAUCAGUCAAGCGACGGUAGAUGAUAUUGUACUUCGUUGUUGAUAUAGGUCUCUGGCGCUGGGAAGGGUUGCAUUGCUUGGAGUUCAACCUAGAUGGGCAUUGCUACCUUGGUCGAUUGAUGAUGGAGUUUAGGAUCGUUCUUUUCAGUUCCGUUUCUCUCAAAUACCCCUUCUUAGUAUCCAACUCUUCGAUCAAUUUG